AGGGCUUUUUCCGCAGGAGCAUCCAGAAGAACAUGGUUUACACAUGUCACAGAGAUAAAAACUGUGUUAUCAAUAAAGUUACCAGAAAUCGCUGCCAGUACUGCAGACUACAGAAGUGCUUUGAAGUGGGAAUGUCCAAAGAAUCUGUCAGAAAUGAUAGGAACAAAAAGAAGAAGGAACCUUCAAAGCAGGAGUCCACAGAAAACUAUGAAAUGACAGCAGAGUUGGAUGAUCUCACUGAGAAGAUAAGAAAAGCUCACCAGGAAACCUUCCCCUCACUCUGCCAGCUGGGAAAAUACACUACAAACUCCAGCGCAGACCAUCGGGUUCGACUGGACCUUGGGCUUUGGGACAAAUUCAGUGAACUUGCAACAAAGUGCAUUAUUAAAAUAGUGGAAUUUGCAAAGCGAUUGCCAGGCUUCACAAGUUUGACCAUUGCAGACCAGAUAACUCUACUUAAAGCCGCCUGCCUGGAUAUACUGAUUCUUAGAAUUUGCACAAGAUACACACCAGAACAAGACACCAUGACCUUUUCAGAUGGCCUUACCCUAAACCGAACUCAGAUGCACAACGCCGGAUUUGGCCCACUGACUGAUCUCGUCUUCACAUUUGCCAACCAGCUCCUGCCUUUGGAAAUGGAUGAUACGGAAACAGGUCUCCUUAGUGCCAUCUGCUUAAUCUGCGGAGAUCGCCAGGACCUUGAAGAACCAGUAAAAGUGGAUAAGCUUCAGGAACCAUUGCUUGAAGCACUGAAAAUCUAUAUCCGAAAGAGACGACCCAACAAGCCUCAUAUGUUCCCAAAGAUCUUAAUGAAAAUCACAGAUCUUCGUAGCAUCAGUGCAAAAGGUGCAGAACGUGUCAUCACAUUGAAAAUGGAAAUUCCUGGAUCCAUGCCACCUCUUAUUCAGGAAAUGUUGGAGAACUCUGAAGGACACGAACCACUGACACCAACCUCAAACGGAAAUACUGCAGAACACAGUCCUAGUAUCUCGCCUAGUUCGGUGGAUAACAGCAGUGUCAGUCAAUCCCCUAUGGUGGAAUAAGACAUUUUCCAGCUACUUCAAACAUUCCUAAUACCUUAUGUACAGGGAUGAAAAGCAAGAAAAACAUUUUUACUGCUGCUUAAGUUUCUGGACUUAAUAUAUAUCUAUAUAUGUAUAUAUAUAGAUGAAAACUCAACAAGGACCAAGAAAUUUUCAUAUGUAUCGAUAUAUACUCCUUGCUGUUUAAACUCUUAAAACUAGAAAAAAAUGCAAACUUUUGAAACUCUAAAUCAGCCAUUUCAUGCAAAAAAAAAA